UUGGUCCCAGCACAGCAGGGGGCGGUCUAGGAGGACAACUAGGAGGCGGACUUGGCCAGGGUACAGGGUUGGGGCCUGGAUCAGGGCUUGGUAUUGGCACAGGAGGUGCUGGGACUGGAUAUGUCCCUGGGGGAAUCGGACCAGGUGGAGUCAGACCAGGUGGUGCUGGGACUGGUUAUGGACCAGGAGGAGUUGGACCUGGUGGUGCUGGGACUGGUUAUGGACCAGGAGGAGUUGGACCUGGUGGUGCUGGGACUGGUUAUGGACCAGGAGGAGUUGGACCUGGUGGUGCUGGGACUGGUUAUGGACCAGGAGGAGUUGGACCUGGUGGUGCUGGGACUGGAUAUGGACCAGGAGGAGUUGGACCUGGUGGUGCUGGGACUGGUUAUGGACCAGGAGGAGUUGGACCUGGUGGUGCUGGGACUGGAUAUGGACCAGGAGGAGUUGGACCUGGUGGUGCUGGGACUGGUUAUGGACCAGGAGGAGUUGGACCUGGUGGUGCUGGGACUGGAUAUGGACCUGGGGGAGUUGGGACUGGUGGAAUUAGACCUGGUGGAGUCGGGCCGGGUGGAGUUGGACCUGGAGGAGUUGGACCUGGUGGUGUUGGUGCAGGUGGUGCUGGUACAGGAUAUGGGCCAGGAGGAGUUGGGCCUGGUGGAAUUGUACCUGGUGGUGCUGGGACUGGAUAUGGACCUGGUGGAGUUGGACCUGGUGGUGCUGGGACUGGAUAUGGACCUGGUGGAGUUGGACCUGGUGGUGCUGGGACUGGAUAUGGACCUGGGGGAGUUGUACCUAGUGGUGCUGGGACUGGAUAUGGACCUGGGGGAGUGGGACCUGGUGGUGUUGGACCAGGUGGCACUGGUACAGGAUACGGGCCAGGAGGAGUUGGACCUGGUGGUGCUGGUACUGGAUAUGGACCUGGCAGAAUUGGCACUGGAACAGGAUCUGGGGGAUAUGAUGCCAGUGCCAAAGCUCGUAAAUAUGGCAUGCUAAGUGGAGCACUUGGAGGGCCAGGAUUAGGACCAGCUGGAGUUGGGCCGGGUGGAGUUGGUCCAGGUGGCGCUGGUACAGGAUACGGACCAGGAGGAGUUGGGACUGGUG